CAUUUUCCAGGGCGAUGUAAAUUUGGUCCUCAGAUCUAGCUUUGCGGAGUGUAAUUGAAACAAUCGGGAUUCAGAGACGCUCAGCUCUUUGGCCCACUUGUGGGAUUUAGGUAGCCGAAAUGGCCGGUCUGAGAGAUCUACGAAAUCGGGCAGUUGAUUUACGCCGCAAAGCCCACGAUCUAUUUUCUGGACUCUUUUAUCGUCACGGCCUUUUCUGUGCUUCUCACCCAUAUGUAGUCCUUUUCUUUUCCUUCUCUCUCAUGUUCUUCCUGUCGUAUCCUAUCGUUACCCAAUUACACACUAAUCUACGUGAACGUGAACCUUCAGAACCCAUCCAGUUCUGGGAGACGACAUCCUCACGUACUCCUGUGGAUCAAGAGAGCUUUUCGGAGAAAUAUGGGAGCGAGCCGUUCUUGCACCUGGAACAGAUUGUUAUCAAUGUCAAUCUAAGUGAUUUCAAGGAGGGAGGCGACCGGGGGGUGCUCGAUAGACGACUGCUGAAAUACGCACUGGACAUACAAGAAAGGAUGUCCCAAGCAGUGGCGAUGUUCACAGAGGAAGGUUACAUUGGAACGACAGCUUACGCCAGACGAUAUGCUUUAGACGAUAUAUGCUACAAACCUUAUGGACGGAAUAAUUGCUUGAUUCAUUCCCCACUAGAGUACUGGGGUUCAGAUCCUACCCGAUUCUUGAACGACGACGAUUAUUUUAGUACCCUUUCCAACGCCAGUGUAGUUUCGUCGCUUGGUAUACCCAUUCCCCUUCAUUCGGUCUUUGGCGGGAUAAUGUUGGACAGCACGACCGGUACUUUGAAGAGUGCCCAGUCAAUGGUUAUCACCUACUUUCUCACUGAAAGGAACCAUACGUCUCCGAUUCGGGAGACCGUCUCGGACGUUUGGGAUAAGCUCUGGGAAAGUGUCUUUCCCCCGUCGUCGCAAAUGGACGCAAGUAAUAUAGUUGAUGGCCUACCCAAUCCACUAUCUUGGAGGGCAAAUGGAGAGGUCAAACAUAUAUUUUACGAGUUUGCAAGAUCCACAACGUUAUUGAACGGCGAAUCGCUGGUCUUAAGCGUGAUGUACCUGAUUGUAUUCCUAUACAUAUCUUUGGUGCUCGGAAAAGUGGACCUUGUAAAGUCCAAAUUUGCGCUAGGAUUCGGUGCUGUCGUCACGGUGUUCUCGGGUUUAAUUAUGUCAGUAGGACUCUGCUCCAUGUUGGGGGUGAAGACAUCCUUGGUUCCUUGGGAAGUGCUACCAUUUCUGAUUAUUAUGGUUGGCGUGGAGAACAUCUUUGUCCUUACAAACGCGGUCGUAACAACUUCUAUGGAUUUGCCCGUCAAGGAACGGGUUGGAUUGGGUCUUGGGAAGGUAGGAGUGUCAAUGUCGCUCUCCCUUGGGGGCGAGAUGUGCCUCCUACUUAUUUCCUCGACAAUGAGCAUUCCCGCUCUACAGGAUUUUUGUCUUUUUGGUGCUGUCUCAAUCGUAAUGGACUAUCUCAUGCAGAUAACGUUUUUCAUUACAAUCUUGUCCAUCGAUAUUCGCCGUUUGGAGCUAUCAGAACUGCACAAGCUUCGCACAAUACAAAACGGCUUGAAUGGCCGCCGAUCAUCUAUCUCAGCUGCAGCGACUGCAAACAUGGAUGACGGAUCAACGCAAACAGAAAAUGAUGGCAGUGUGAGAUCUAGACCACAUUGGGGCGGUUACUUGAUGGUAAUGUCCAACAUUUUGGUGACCAUAUGCUUUCUCGGCUUUGGUCUUUUUGGUUCCUCCCCAUCAGCAGUAUUGGGGAACUCGGAAGCCCCUAUCGGUUCAUUCGCAUCGUCACGACUAUCGUCCCUGACUCCUGCCGCCAAUGGCACUUUCUGCCAGAACUCCAUGUGUGCGACUGCCGACGCAUUCUGGCACGUGAUUGAUCCAGACCGUUCGGCCAAGUACGUCGAGAUCCGGCCUCCGACGUACGUAGGAUUUGGGGUCACUAACGGUGAGACCGGAGCGCCAUCCAGCGGCGGUGUCGAUGCCAAAACCAUCCGCUUUCGCGACAGGCGAACUGCGACCUUGCCGUCCUCUUUGCCGCGCCGUUUUAUGGAAGGUGCUCAUCCAGCCGUGUUCACCUGCACGGUUGUGUUUCUACUUUUAUUUGGUACCUUAUUAUGUGUCAUGUGCACCAGUCUCGCCUUAUGGUUCUCGAGGCUUGAUGUUCGCGUUCGCGAGAUGUACGCCAAUGUGCGCUCUUCUGCACCCAAAGCGGCACAAGAAGUAAGUACAUGGAACCCGAAAAUCCCAGACAAAAUCACUUCACUGUGGAGUGGUAGCAGUGAGGAUGUACAAUCUGUCAUGUUUGCACGUGGAAUGGUUACAUGGCUUGGAGGUGAUGAAAAGACGAGAUGUUGGACAAAUGCAGAAAGAGUACUGCCUAGACGGCGCCGUGGCAGACGAAAAUAUGGUCGCGAUACUUGCUACGCGGUUUAUAAGGGUUAUAAUGACGAAGAAGCAAUCGCAUGUGGGACGGACACGGGUCUUAUUUACGUGUGGAGCCCACGAUCGGAUGAUGUGCUGUUCCAUCAUACUAGUCCCUGUUGCGAUACGGGUGUCUCAGUUACGCGCAUUCUAUGGAGGUCGAUUUGGAAAAUACCUAUCCUUUGUGCUGGAAUGAGUGAUGGGUGCAUCGUGGUGUUAACUUGGGACUCAGGCUCAUCCUUGCACACAGAGCGGCCUUCUGAGCCUGUAUGCUGUCGGCUGAAAGGGCACACUGGACGAAUUAAUGACAUGCAGCUGGACAUGCAUGGAAGUCUGUUGACAACUUCGGAUGAUGGAACCGCUCGUUGCUGGACGAUGCAGAGUACACAUGGACCAUGCUUGGAAUGGUGCUUAACGGCCGUAUUCAACGGACACCGCGGUGCCAUCUCGAGCCUCGCCUUCGAUUCUGAAACCGGGAUUUUAGCCACGGGCGGAACCCACGGGGAAAUUUUUCUGUGGAAUGUAGAAGCUAAAAAGCCGUUGGGAAGCAUCCUGGCGGGCAGUGCUGACGCUCCCAUAAAGAAGAACGACCCAGGAUAUGGGGUGACUCUCAACGCCGUUUUCCUGCAUCGCACCCAAUGGGCAGAAAACACCGGCAAAUAUAUGCUCUGCAGCGCAGGGAAUGACCAAUGCGUCCGAAUAUGGGAAGUUACUCUGACCUUAAAGUCGGAAGAAGGACCUCUAACCCCGAGUAUUACCCGUAAUCGAAGUCUGAGUGCACCUACCACGGCAAUACCGACUCCUCGGGAUCUUACCGUGCGGAGAGAAAGUUUCGUGUGUCGAGAUGCAGGCAUCUUGAACGUGAAUCAUGCCCCAGUUGGGAAUGUGAGUUCGGAUGUCAAGGCAACUCGAUGUGCUUCCGAUGUGUCAAGCAUCAAUGUACGGUACAUGGGCGUGAUACAGCAGCCCGGCUGUGUCACCGCCGUAAUGGAGGGGUCUAUGCUGAUCGGAGCACGAACUGUAUCACAUUCUGGCGAACCCCAAAGCCACAGAACGGUGCUAGAUAAACGAUUACCCUUCGGCGGUGUUAUAAAGCGGUUUUUCGGAAGUUCCGGAGGAAAUGGAGCGGCCGCUGAGAGACGGUCAAGAGUAGGCUGUGAGGGAAACGCGAGCGAUUGGUGGUGGGAGCUGUGGAUAGUCAAUCUGGCUGACCCGAAGGACCCCACACGUAUUUUUCGGACCGUAAAGCUGGGAAAGGAUGAGCUCCGUGGGUUGGGAUGUAGGCCCAGACAUCCUAUCCAAGAGUCAGAAAUAUCAACAGAGCGAUGUUCUUCGCAACUGAUGAUGGGGCAAGGAGUCUACAGGCCUUCAGCGGCGGGUCUGCUUCAGCGCAGUCGCCGUCCAAAAGCAUCACGACGCUCCACCCACGAAGAUCUCAACCGGGUGCACGAUCUUUCAUUGCAGAGACCAGACAGGGAAAUUACAAAGCGAUAUCGAGCAGAUUCAAAAUUGGACUGCCAAUCAAGGAGUGGCGAGGACCAAGAACUCUCAUUGUCGCAGGACGUGAAUGGAUGUCGUAGGCCUUCACAAAUCCAAACUCCAUUUGCAUCGGCAACACCGCCCGCAGCGGUUCAGAUAGAGAAAACCGCGAUAUACACAUCGGAAGCUGGCAGAAGCCCUUGUAAUGGGCCAGUACAGUCGAACUUGCCACAGUGCUCCGAUAGCGAAGAUCUUUCUCUUGAGUCCUCUGACGAUGACAGAGCAGAGUCGGCAAGCGCAAUUUCAGAUAGCACUUUAGAAUCGGAAGAGAGUACCUGCUCAUCAUCAGGACCUAGCCCAUCAUACACCGACUCUUCAUCAGAUGGAGAGCAGCUGGGCGAAGAACAACUGCCCGUUCUACAAAUUCGUUCUCUUGCAGCUUGUGAGGAGGGUAUUACCGUUGGGUUUGGCAACUAUGUCAAGGUCAUUACGUUUGAUGGUAGAGCUGAAGAGAAAGCUGGAGAAGGGCAUCGAUUCCGAAAUGGAUGGCUCAAUCACUCUGGCUCAGCGCCGGGAAAAGUUCAUGUUGCGUAGCUUUUACUACCGUUUGCACUGAGACACUAUUCUUUUUACUGUAAAUAUGUGACGAAUGCAUAUUGUUUUUUUUCGCUUCUUGCACUA